AAAUUCAGUGAGGAUAAUUGAUUCAGUCAAACUGACACUUUCGUUAUCGCAGAAACUUCUGAUUUGAUCUCACCCAGUGUACCUAUACAAGAUGAUGUUUUUACGCAAACAACCUGAAGAAAAUGUGUUGCCAGUGGCUACCACUGAACCUGAAAAAAAGUUAACAAAAAAAGAAAAACUAAAACUGAAGAAACUCCAAAAAAGACAAAAAUUAUUAGAGAAAAGACGUGACUUACUCAGACAACACUUAACAAGAGAGUUAAAGUAUGGAGUAUACACUCACAAGAAACAUGAAAGGAGUUGGAAACAGAUGCUCAUUGAUAUAACCUUACCACAGCUCAAGGAAAAGGUAGAAUUCACCUGGUAUAUAUCCGAACACCUCAUUGAUAUCAAAGAUUAUAUCAUUUCAAAUCUUAUGGAUGAAGUACGACAACAAGAAGAUCAAAAUUUGGCGAGUAUAGUCAAUCAUGUCACAACAAUAGAUAGGAUGAUCGACAUGAUGAAAGAGCAGUUGAAGACAUUGCAUGAAAAUUACCUUGCUGAAUUACAAUCACUGACGGACCAACACAAGGAGUUUUUGCAAAGCAUCCAGAAUACCUGUGGUACAAGCAUAAAUUACUUGAAAGAAAUGAUGUACGGAAUGGAAAUUGAGACUAAAGAAAGAGAAAGAAACCUAAGAGCAGAUAUGUGUUCCAAAAUUGAAUUCGAAAUAGAAGACAAGCAAGGGGCGACUAUGGAAGUAAAAGAAAAACUAGCAUUAACAUUGCGAAAUAUGGUGAAAAAUACCAACGAAUUGUUGGAAAAUUUUUUUACCACAACUCGAGAAAGGCUGAUAGGAUAUGACUACUACAAGGCCGCGGACGACAAAGCCCAAAAUCUUCUAUUAGCUGAACUGAAGAAAAUCCAAUACCUCAAUGUAUUGAUAAAGAAACUCAGAAAAAAAGAAGAAGACAUCGGUCACAAUGAGUUGACGAAUUUGUACGGUGAGAAAAACUUUUACAAGAAAUCUUUCCUCGUAUUGAAACUUAAAUUAGCUGACGAUCUCAAGUUGGAUAAAUCGAAGCAUGAAUUCUUCAUUGGAGAAUUUUAUAAGGCUCAUGAAAAUAUCAAAAAAUUUUUGAAACGAGGAGAGAAUAUGAUAUAUCUGUUAAGAGCCGCCAAAAAGUUGGAAACAUCCGAAGAAAAAGCUCGUCCCUAUCCAGUAUUCGAAAAUAUUGGCGACAAUAUAAAGGAUUCGAAGCUGUUUUUAUUCUGGCAGAGAAUGGGAAAAAUCGAAAUUUCAAGAACUGCACUUUACGAGGAAAGAAGUGCACUGUUGAUAGAGAAUAACUUGCUGAGAAGUCAGAUUGAAGAUUUAUGUUAUUGUUUGAGUUGUCCAAAGUUACCACCGAUUUGUAGAAAAGAAGGAUCAAUUCCAUUCACAGAUGGAUUGACACUGAUGAGAAAAUAUGCGAAAAAGAAAGGAGUGAAAAGGAGAUAGAGCCUAUUCAACAUGUCACACCCAGAACGAUUCUGUGGUUCUUCAUGAGUGAUUUGAUUAAUUAAUUAAGUUUUAUAUUAUAUUUUAAAGUUUUAUUUACAUGUAGGUAUAUAUUUCACAUUUGUAAAGUUCAUUUUAUAUUUUUAAUAUAUAUGUACUUAUAUUUCUUUCAA